AGGGACAUUUAAAUAAGAAAACAGCUGAUGCGUGUGCGCUGAAAAACCACCAGGUCGAUUUAGAAAGACCGUGCGUGUUGUCUUGGUGUGAAAGUUGAUUACCUCCUGUGAUUGUUACAAUUUUAUAUUUGUGAAAUCUUUUACUUUAUUUUUAUUUAUUUAUGUUUAAAAAACUAAGUACGCUUUUCAAUACUCGCCAUCUGUUAGAGAAAGUUUCUGAAAAGCCUUUAAGGGUUAGAAGUCUUUCGUUAACAUCAUCUUUAAGUAACAAGAUGGCCAAGGCUUCCUCCUCCGAUGCGUGGAUUGUAUGGAUGGAUUUGGAGAUGACAGGACUUGAGGUGGAAAAGGAUCAAAUACUUGAAGUGUCUUGCUUAAUAUCUGAUGAAGAUCUUGUUGUUAAAGCUGAAGGGCCACAUAUAGUUAUUAAUUAUCCACCAGAUGUUUUUGAAAAUAUGAAUGACUGGUGCAACAUGCACCAUUAUGAAUCCGGUUUAGUGGAUAAAUGUCUUAAAUCUCAGAUAAAGCUUGAUCAGGCGGAGCAACAAAUUCUGGAAUUUUUAAGACAACAUAUCCCUCAAGGAGAAUGUCCUUUAGCCGGCAAUUCUAUUUAUAUGGACAGAUUAUUUUUAAAAAAGCAUAUGCCUGCAGUUGAUGAUUACCUGAAUUAUCGCAUUAUUGAUGUGUCAUCGAUCAAAGAAUUGGCUAAACGGUGGAAUGCUCGAGUAUAUAAUGCGGCGCCCAAAAAGAAACUUGUUCACCGUGCUUCAGAUGAUGUUAAAGAAAGCUUAGAAGAAUUACAAUAUUAUAAGAAUAAUCUAUUUAAAUUAAACUAAGAUAUAAUU